UUUUCCUCGCCAAAAUGGCUCACGCAGCCGCUUCCAUUAAAAAAGUUCGGGAGUCUGAAAUCGAAGAGAGGGAGAGAAACCUUGAGAAGGAAAGGAAAAGGCAGCGGAAAAUCUCUAGGGCUGAUCGGAAACGCAAGUCUGACAGCAAUGCAAGCUUUCUCCGAGCUGCCAGAGCUGGCAAUUUGGACAAAGUAGUGGAAUACCUGAAAAGUGGAAUAGACAUUAACACCUGCAAUCAGAAUGGGCUCAAUGCUCUGCACCUGGCAGCCAAAGAGGGCCACGUGGGACUGGUACAGGAAUUGUUGGAAAGAGGCUCGGCUGUGGAUUCUGCCACUAAGAAAGGGAAUACAGCCCUGCACAUUGCAUCCUUAGCAGGACAAGCUGAAGUUGUCAAAGUUCUGGUGAAGGAAGGAGCCAAUAUUAAUGCACAAUCUCAGAAUGGCUUUACUCCUUUAUACAUGGCAGCUCAAGAGAACCACAUUGAGGUGGUGAAAUACCUCCUGGAGAAUGGAGCCAACCAAAGCACAGCUACCGAGGACGGUUUCACCCCUCUGGCUGUGGCACUGCAGCAGGGACACAACCAGGCGGUGGCCAUCCUGCUGGAGAACGACACCAAGGGCAAGGUGCGGCUGCCGGCGCUGCACAUCGCCGCCAGGAAGGACGACACCAAGUCGGCGGCGCUGCUGCUGCAGAACGACCACAACGCCGACGUGCAGUCCAAGAUGAUGGUGAAUAGGACGACUGAGAGCGGCUUUACCCCUUUGCACAUCGCCGCGCACUACGGCAACGUCAACGUGGCCACGCUGCUGCUGAACCGCGGAGCUGCGGUCGACUUCACAGCCAGGAAUGGAAUCACCCCACUGCAUGUGGCUUCCAAAAGGGGAAACACAAACAUGGUGAAGCUCUUGUUGGAUCGCGGAGGGCAGAUCGAUGCCAAAACCAGGGAUGGACUCACGCCACUGCACUGUGCGGCUCGAAGCGGCCAUGACCAGGUUGUGGAGCUGCUCCUGGAGCGAGGUGCCCCACUGCUCGCACGGACCAAGAAUGGACUCUCCCCUCUCCACAUGGCAGCCCAGGGGGACCACGUGGAAUGUGUCAAGCACCUGCUGCAGCACAAGGCUCCCGUGGACGACGUGACGCUGGACUACCUGACUGCCCUGCACGUGGCCGCUCACUGCGGCCACUACCGUGUCACCAAACUCCUGCUGGACAAGAGAGCCAACCCCAACGCCCGUGCCCUGAAUGGUUUUACUCCACUGCACAUUGCCUGCAAGAAAAAUCGCAUCAAAGUCAUGGAACUCCUGGUGAAAUAUGGGGCUUCAAUCCAGGCUAUAACAGAGUCGGGCCUCACACCAAUACACGUGGCUGCAUUUAUGGGCCACUUGAACAUAGUCCUCCUUCUGCUGCAGAACGGAGCCUCUCCCGAUGUCACUAACAUUCGUGGAGAAACCGCAUUGCACAUGGCAGCACGUGCCGGGCAGGUGGAAGUGGUUCGCUGCCUGCUGAGGAACGGGGCCCUGGUUGAUGCCCGAGCCAGGGAAGAACAGACCCCGCUGCACAUCGCCUCUCGCCUGGGCAAGACGGAGAUCGUGCAGCUGCUGCUGCAGCACAUGGCCCACCCCGACGCCGCCACCACCAAUGGCUACACCCCGCUGCACAUCUCUGCCCGGGAGGGGCAGCUGGACGUCGCCUCCGUGCUCCUCGAGGCGGGCGCCUCACACUCCAUGUCCACCAAGAAGGGAUUCACACCGCUGCAUGUGGCGGCCAAAUACGGGAGCCUGGAGGUGGCAAAGCUUCUGCUGCAGCGUCGUGCCUGUCCUGAUUCUGCUGGCAAGAACGGCCUCACCCCGCUGCACGUGGCGGCGCACUACGACAACCAGAAGGUGGCGCUGCUGCUGCUGGAGAAGGGCGCCUCGCCUCACGCCACCGCCAAGAAUGGAUACACCCCUCUGCAUAUCGCUGCCAAGAAAAACCAGAUGCAGAUAGCUACCACUCUCUUGAACUACGGGGCUGAGACCAACAUUUUGACCAAGCAGGGAGUCACCCCACUUCAUCUGGCCUCCCAGGAAGGUCACACUGACAUGGUGACUUUGCUUUUGGAGAAGGGAUCCAACAUCCACGUGGCAACAAAGGCUGGACUGACAUCGUUACACCUUGCAGCUCAAGAGGAUAAAGUGAAUGUAGCCGAAAUCCUCACCAAACACGGUGCAAACCAGGAUGCUCAGACAAAGCUUGGUUAUACACCUUUAAUUGUGGCCUGUCACUAUGGAAACAUCAAAAUGGUGAAUUUUCUCCUCAAGCACGGAGCAAAUGUCAAUGCUAAAACAAAGAAUGGGUACACCCCUCUUCACCAGGCUGCUCAGCAAGGCCACACUCACAUCAUCAACGUCCUGCUGCAGCACGGGGCCAAGCCCAACGCCAUCACCACGAAUGGUAACACAGCCUUAGCCAUCGCCAGGCGCCUGGGAUACAUCUCCGUGGUCGAUACGCUGAAGGUUGUAACGGAGGAGAUCACCACCACCACAACUACUGUAACAGAGAAGCACAAGCUAAAUGUACCCGAGACAAUGACUGAAGUCCUGGAUGUGUCAGAUGAAGAAGCCUUUAAACACUCUGAUGAGGAACCCUUCAGUGAUGGGGAGGCAUAUAGUGGCACGGGUGCUGUUAGCAGGAGCUCGUGGAGUGAUGACACAAUGACAGGAGAUGGAGGGGAGUACCUUAGGCCAGAAGACCUGCGGGAGCUGGGAGAUGACUCUUUGCCGAGCAGCCAGUUCUUAGAUGGAAUGAACUACCUGAGGUACAGCUUGGAAGGAGGACGCUCGGACAGCAUCAUGCCCAGCCUGCGGUCCUUCAGUUCCGACAGGUCCCACACGCUGAGCCACGCCUCUUACCUGCGCGACAGCGCCAUGAUCGACGACACCGUGGUCAUCCCCAGCCAGCAGGUAACAACUCUGGCCAAAGAAGCUGAAAGGAAUUCAUAUCGCUUAAGCUUGGGCCCUGAAAUCUUGGACAAUGUGGCUCUUUCUUCCAGCCCUAUUCAUUCUGGAUGCUCUUCUCCAUGUCUUGAUCUUGACAACAGCAGCUUCCUGGUGAGUUUCAUGGUGGACGCUCGCGGCGGCGCCAUGCGGGGCUGCCGGCACAACGGGCUGCGCAUCAUCAUCCCCCCGCGCAAGUGCACGGCGCCGACACGCGUGACGUGCCGCCUGGUGAAGCGCCACAGGCUGGCCACCAUGCCACCCAUGGUGGAGGGAGAAGGGCUGGCCAGCCGCCUCAUCGAAGUGGGACCCUCUGGGGCUCAGUUCCUUGGGCCCGUGAUUGUGGAGAUUCCCCAUUUUGCCGCCCUGCGCGGGAAGGAGAGAGAGCUGGUGAUCCUGCGCAGCGAGAACGGGGACAGCUGGAAGGAGCAUUUCUGUGAAUACACUGAGGAUGAACUGAACGAAAUCCUGAAUGGGAUGGAUGAAGUACUUGACACUCCAGAGGAGCUCGAGAAGAAGCGGAUCUGUCGCAUCAUCACCCGGGAUUUCCCUCAGUACUUCGCAGUGGUGUCCCGGAUCAAACAGGACAGCAACCUCAUCGGGCCCGAGGGAGGGGUGCUGAGCAGCACCGUGGUCCCACAGGUGCAGGCAGUCUUCCCAGAAGGGGCACUCACCAAGAGAAUUCGCGUUGGCCUCCAGGCUCAGCCUAUGCACACUGAACUUACAAAGAAAAUUCUGGGCAACAAGGCUACCUUCAGCCCCAUAGUCACGUUGGAGCCCAGGAGAAGGAAAUUCCAUAAGCCCAUCACGAUGACGAUUCCCGUGCCCAAGGCCUCCAGCGAUGGGCUCAUGAAUGGCUAUGGAGGCGACACGCCCACUCUAAGGUUACUAUGCAGCAUAACAGGAGGAACCACCCCUGCCCAAUGGGAAGACAUCACUGGGACAACACCACUGACAUUUGUUAAUGAAUGUGUUUCCUUCACGACGAACGUGUCUGCCAGAUUUUGGUUGAUAGACUGUCGUCAGACACAAGAAUCUGUUACUUUUGCUUCCCAAGUGUACAGAGAAAUUAUCUGUGUCCCCUACAUGGCCAAAUUUGUGGUGUUUGCCAAAUCCCAUGAUCCCAUUGAAGCACGGUUAAGAUGUUUCUGCAUGACGGAUGACAAGGUGGAUAAAACUCUAGAACAACAAGAAAACUUUGCUGAAGUUGCCAGAAGCAGGGAUGUAGAGGUAUUAGAAGGAAAACCCAUCUACGUUGACUGCUUUGGCAAUUUGGUGCCACUCACAAAGAGUGGGCAGCACCAUAUAUUCAGUUUCUUUGCCUUCAAAGAAAACAGACUUCCUCUGUUUGUGAAGGUCCGAGAUAGCACUCAGGAGCCCUGCGGACGAUUAUCAUUCAUGAAAGAGCCAAAGUCUACCAGAGGCCUCGUUCAUCAAGCCAUAUGUAAUUUAAACAUCACUUUACCCAUUUACACAAAGGAAUCAGAUUCAGAUCCAGAACCAGAAGAGGUUGAUAUGACUUCAGAAAAAAAUCAACAGGAUGAUCAGGAAAGGACAGAGGAAAGACUGGCCCACAUUGCAGAUCAUCUUGGAUUCAGCUGGACAGAGCUAGCAAGAGAGCUGGACUUCACAGAGGAGCAAAUUCACCAGAUCCGAAUUGAAAAUCCCAAUUCGCUUCAAGACCAGAGCCAUGCACUCCUCAAAUACUGGCUUGAAAGAGAUGGGAAACAUGCAACAGAUACCAACCUGACCCAAUGUCUCACGAAAAUCAACCGCAUGGACAUCGUUCACCUGAUGGAGACCAGCGGCAUAGACCCCAUGCAGGGCCACGGCACGCGCACCUACGCAGACACGGAGCAGUCCUUGGCAUUGGACCACAGUGAAGGGUUUUCAGCACUGCAAGAGGAAGUGUACAGCUCGAGACACAAGCAAGAGCAGCAGAGAAUAUCCAAGGACAGCGAGCCAACCGAGCACCCCCCUCUGGUCUCCGAGGAAGACGUGUCUGUCAGUUAUUCCCCGUUCCAGGACAGUACUCCCAGGAGCGAGGCAGACGUGUCCAUGGCUGAGCUUCUGAGGCAAGCACACAAGGAACAAGUAGAAGCUGAAUUCUCAGGGAAACCCCAAGAUGUGCCAGGGAAACCAUCUGCUUCACAACAGGAAUAUUUCAUCACGACUCCAGGAACCGAGCAGUCCGCAGGAGCUGGAAAAGCAGCGAGCGGGAAAUCUGCGCACUCAAGCACGGCAAAGGGAGAGACGCAGCGAGCGCCCCCGCAGCCCCCGUCCUCUGCGCAGAGAGGGGACUCCCCCAUCGUCCAAGAGCCUGAGGAGCCCCAGCUCCACCAGGAAAGCCUCUCUCCAAGGAGAUCUAGUCUCGUGAUAGUGGAGUCCACUGAGGAGCAGAUGGAGAAGUCUGGAAGGGGCUAUGAAGAGGAAUCUUUAGAAAAGGAGUUAGCAGAAGAGUUAGGUGGGCUGGAGCUCAGCUCGGACGAGGACGAGAUGGUCACUACCAGGGUCAUUCGGCGCCGGGUGAUCAUUCAGGCCGAUAGUAUGCCUGAAAUGCCACCAGAAACAGUCACAGAAGAGCAGUACACAGAUGAGCAUGGCCACACAGUGGUAAAGAAGGUGACUCGGAAGAUCAUCCGGCGAUGCGUUGCUCCAGAUGGCACGGAAAAAGAGGAGGUGCUAAUGCAGGGAACACCGCAAGCCCCCGUCACUGUGGAAGAGGGAGAUGGUUAUUCCAAAGUGGUGAAGCGAGUGGUGCUCAAGAGUGGCAGUGAGCACUCAGAGGUGACCCUGUCUGAACCCGCCGUUCUCUCUAGUGCCUCCAAAUUCCAGUCCGAACCAGUGGAGGGCCGGAAAGUCAGCAAGGUCAUAAAGACCACCGUAGUGCAUGGAGAGAGGAUGGAGAAACACCUGGGGGAUGCCAGCCUGGCUUCUGAUCUUCCAUCAGCCAAAGAGGACUUUGAAGAGGCUUUGAGCUAUACAGGUCACCACAUGGCAGUGCAAGUCCCUGCUUUGGUGGAGAAAGAAAUCAAGAAAGAUGAUGGAUCAGUCAUUAAAAGGACAAUACUAAGUAAAGCCAGCACACAGAAGAGGACCGUGAUGAAGGACCGCUAUGGAAAACACGUUCACAUAGAAGAGCUGGAAGACACCCCAGAAGCGCUCCCCAGGGAUGACCUCCAGCAUGACCUCCAGCAGCUUCUUAGGCACUUCUGCCAAGAGGACUGGACACAGGAGGCCAAGUGAGAAGCUGCCUCCCCUGCACAGCGCCACGUGACCCCCCUCCCGUACGCAGCCGUCACCGUCCCCGGGUAGCAGAGUCGCCACUGCCGCUCCUACCUGUGCAGCUGCAGUGAAUUCAUCUCUCCCCAUCCCAAGUUUCAUUUUGUGCUGUUCUGAUUUUUCACCCUGUAAGCUAAUUUGUGACCAAAGAUAGCAUCCUUCAGGCAGGAUGGUUUAUCCGCCACGCUGGCACCCUGUCGGCGUCGCCACUUGUCCCUGUCCCUUCGCUCUGGCGCUCGCUUACUGACACGGCCCUUGCCAAGCAGACUUCAUCGACAGGCCUCUUCCACUGACUGUGUACAUGCACCGUACGAAGGACUUGACGUGUAAACUGUAAAUAGCAGAGUAUUUGAACUCACGAGACCGCAGAACACUCGCUGCCCGUCGGUGUCGUGGGUUACGGGGUGCAGUGACCCUGCGGAACGGCACCACCCGGAUUGCAAACGCUGACCGACCCGGGAGGAAGCGCUGCAGAGCUACCGAGUACCACGACUCACUGUUUAGAGAUCCGGUCUAGGCAAAGGCUGCGAGAGGCAGGCGAAAGGCAGCUGUUCACGUGAAUCACAGCUGACUGUGGCCAUCAGUAGUGCAGACACCUUCAGACAGCCACCGAAACAUUUCCAAAAGAAAAAGAAAGGAAAAUUUCCCCACUAGGUACCCAAGUUGCUAGCAGCUCUACCUGUGGUAUUAGAGCCUAUAGAUCCGGACCUGUGGCGGGGCGUAUUAAACAAUCCAAACUCCGGUAGCUUCCCCUUCCCAUCACCGCUUAGCCGACCUCACCGACCGACUGGGGGUGCUUCCUGCUGGCCACUGCACUGUAGAUAACUACGGGACAAAGACUUAACCCACUAUACAAGGAGAAUAAUUAAUUCACCGUGUUUUAUCGAGAUUGCCUCUUAGCCGAUACACGCAUGCGGCAUUUGAAGGUCAAAACCAAACCCUCCUAGAAACAUGUCAGCUUCUUGGCCCUCUUAGCACUGAGCGAGCAGUUUUUAUCUUCUGAUCAAGUGUUUUUUAAAGAACAAGUGCUCACAAUCCUUUGCAGCCGGUUUCUGUUCAUAUUUUGUUAUGUAACUAUAUAUUAUAUAUAUAUAUUUCUAAACCGACCCUCUGGAAACCACAUUGGCAUGUCUGCACUUUUAUUUUCCAAAAGGGAACAUAGGGAUCUGAAGUUUUGAGUGUUCUAUACCUUAAUAUUUAAUGGAGGGAGCUCUGUAGGGUUUUAGCAUAACACGCAUACACACAAACACACCAACUUAAUGCUUUUAAACAGCUCUUUCAUUUUUUUAAUAGUAGGCUCAACACCAGAGUAAAACCAACCCUCUGCUCUAGGAGCAAUCCUUUGUCCAAGCUUAUCUGGCCUUCUACAAUUAUAGGGUUCUUUGGGCUUUUUUUAACGACUCACUCAGUGCUCAGAACAAGGGCACUUCCUCAUUAAGGUAAUGAUGCCAAAAGCAUGGAAACAUCUCUGGAGUUCUGGCUUCCUGUGGGCAGAACCACCCGAGGUGCCGUGCUGACACUUUUUGGGCAGGCAAGAAAGGAAAGUGAAAGAAAAAAAAAGUGUUUUGGCAGCCAAACCGAACGAGACCCGUGGCGAAACAUCUCACAGCGCAUCGUGGCUUCCUGACUGUCCGAGACAGCACAGGAGGGUCUUCAAGGAUGGGGCUCUCAAGAAAUGCAUUUCUGUUGUGUUAUUUGCGGUGCAGAUGAUGUUCUGUGUAACAGCAUAAUGGUUAUUCACCUCUUAUUUUGAUUUUUUGCUGUGUUAUCAGAGAACUUGAAUACUGUGAGAAGAAGUGAAUUUUAAGUUGACGAAUCAGCAUCUUGUUCCCAUGGUGAUAACACUAAUUGAAUAUAUCUAUGAGGGCAUGUAUUAGUUAAAAAUUAAAAACAUACAACACUAACAAUACAUAGCUGCAAUGUGUACAAUGGCUGAUUUAACUAAAUAAAAAUGUACAAGUGUUAAAUGUA